AUGGCUGUCUUAAGGCACUUAUUUGUAGUUGUUUCUAUUGCCAUCCUUUCCUUCAUUCCUAAUGCUUGUCUUGGGGCCGACAAAAUGAAUGUCAUUGAUCAGUGUUGGAGAUUGAAUCCGAAUUGGCGAAGAAGCCGACAACAACUGGCAACUUGUUCUGUCGGGUUUGCGGGGAAAAUGACUAACAAUGUUGGAAAAGAUGUUACAUUGUAUAAGGUCACCGAUCCUAGUGACGAUCCUGUGAAUCCCAAACAAGGGACGUUAAGAUAUGGAGCCACCAUGGUCAAAGGCAAAGUUUGGAUCACUUUCAAAAGGAACAUGAAUAUCAAACUGGAGAAACCUCUUCUUAUUAGCAGCUAUACUGCCAUUGAUGGUCGCGGUGUUGAUGUCAGCAUUGAAGGCGUCGGAUGCCUCGUUGUGUACAAGGCAACCGACGUGAUCAUCCAUAGCCUGAAGAUUCACCAUUGUAAGUCACAAGGUCCUAGCUCAGUCAUGGGACCAGAUGGGAAACUAAUGCCAUUAGGUCAGAUGGAUGGGGAUGCCAUCAGGCUGGUCACUGCAUCGAAGGUUUGGAUAGACCACAAUACGUUAUAUUCAUGUCAGGAUGGUCUUCUUGAUGUCACUCGUGGAUCUACAUUUGUUACCGUCUCUAACAAUUGGUUCAGAGAUCAAGACAAGGUUAUGCUUCUUGGGCAUGAUGAUGGGUUUUUGAGGGACAAGGAAAUGAAGGUCACAGUUGCCUUUAAUCAUUUUGGACCUAAUUGCAACCAAAGAAUGCCAAGAGUUCGCCAUGGAUAUGCACACGUAGCCAACAAUCUAUACCAGGGAUGGGAACAAUAUGCAAUUGGAGGAAGCAUGAACCCUAGCAUCAAGAGUGAAUCAAACCAUUUUAUUGCACCUGUAGAAUCAGGAAAGAAGGAGGUAACAUGGAGAAAUAAUGCACAAAGCAAGCCCUGGAACUUCUACUCUGUAGGGGAUCAUUUUUCAAAUGGAGCUUCAUUUAUCCAAACCGGCCGCCGAGGUACGGCAAAGCCUAACUACAAUAAGGAGCAAACAUUCAGAGUUGGAGAUGCAAAAACUGUGCAGGCAAUGACAAGCUCAGCUGGUGCUUUAAGGUGUUCAAGAACAUUGACUUGCUGA